UGUGUAACGCUGUGAUUUAACGUGUCGAACGUCGAUAAUAACUUAGUAAUCAUCAGCAUAAUUUUCUGCUUUUGAUGCGAUAAAGAUAAUAAUUUUCAGCCUGUAAAAGUUGUCAGCACGCACCAUCAUGAUAGAACUAAAUCCAGAUCUAAUUGUAUUUUUGAUUCUUAUAUUCUCGUGGUUGGAAUAUUCAUGGGAACUAUAUCUAUCUUUACGACAGUUGAAGAUCUACAAGACAAACAAUGAAAUUCCAGAGGAACUCAAAGAAAUGCUUAAUGAAGAAACAUUCAGAAAAGCUCGUUUGUAUGGUAUUGACAAGUCAAAGUUUAGGAUGAUCAAGGAAUUCUGGAGUAUCACAUUAACAUCAGUAAUCCUUUAUAAGAGAUGGAUCUAUACUGCCUGGCAAACAAGUGAAGAUAUUGCUGAAUCAUUUAAUAUAGAUCUCUCUCAAGAAAUACUAAUUAGCUGCAUUUUUAUGACUUUUGUCACAUUGUUCAACUUUGUCAUUAAUAUGCCCUUCACAAUAUAUGGGGUAUUUGUACUGGAAGAAAAACAUGGCUUUAACAAACAGACUGUUUGGUUCUUUAUCAAAGAUCAACUAAAAUCUUUGCUCUUGAGCCUGAUAAUCACUCUGCCUAUUAUAUCUGCAUCUAUCUACAUUAUAAUGCUAGGUGGAAAUAUGUUUGUGGUCUGGCUGUGGCUCUUUACCACUGUUGCUACAUUAAUUCUUCUUAUGAUUUAUCCUUCUGUGAUUGCCCCUCUCUUUGAUAAAUUUGUGCCACUGCCUGAGGGUUCACUUAGAACAGGUAUUGAAAACUUGGCUUCAAAAUUGAAAUUUCCCCUCUCCCAAGUUUUUAUUGUAGAAGGCUCCAAAAGAUCAGCUCACAGCAAUGCAUACUUUAGUGGCCUUUUUGGUGCUAAAAGGAUUGUCUUGUUUGACACUCUAGUUGAAAAAUAUGAUGAAGAUAAAAAGCUCACUACAGGCUGUACUGAAGAUGAGAUAUUGGGAAUAUUAGCCCAUGAACUGGGACAUUGGAGUCUGAGCCACAUUUAUAAAUCUAUAUCAUUGACAGAAUUGAAUUUAUUGCUCCUGUUUACAGCGUUUGGAUUGCUUUUCAAAUACCCACUGCUUUACACUUCUAUUGGCUUCCCAGAUAACCAGGAACCAAUCAUAAUUGGUUUGAUAGUUGUCUUGCAAAUGAUUCUUGCACCUUACAAUGCAAUAUUAUCUUAUUUCGCUACAGCACUCUCCAGGAAAUUUGAAUUUGAAGCUGAUAACUUUGCUGUAUCUCUGUCUUACGCAAAUGAAUUGAAAUCAGCCUUAAUGAAGCUAGGUAAAGAUAACUUGGAUUACCCAAUAUAUGACAAGCUGUAUUCGGCUUGGUACCAUUCUCAUCCUACCCUAUUGCACAGAAUUGAAAAUAUUAACAAACAUAUAUCUGAUAAAAAAUCUGAUUAAUUUCACCAAAUAAGUAUAUUUUGAAUGUACAAUUUAAUGUCAAUGCAUUUUAUAAAGUACAAUAGGAUAUGAUAUUUUUUUUAAAAGAAGACACAAAUUUUAGAUUGCUAGUCCUGCAUAUUUUAAUUGGAUACCUAUUUAUAAAAUCUUUUAAAUAUGUCUAUAAAAUAUUAUUUUGUUAUGCAUAAGCAAUAAGUUUCGUGUUUUGCGUAGUAGUAACCUCCAAUAAUAAAUGUAAGGUCAAUUUCUAUUUAUAUUUCAAAUAAAAACAAAAUAUAAUAUCUUAAUUUAUUCACAAUAUGUACACGAUAUAAAAUUAAAUCACUCUGAGCCUGUUUCACAAAUUUCAAGUAAAUUUUAUUUGACUGUUCACAUUAAUACGGCUAAUGUAGAUUGCACUAAUUAUUUUACAAUUUAUUAGGGAAAAUAGAUUACGAAUGACUAAUGCGUUUGAUCGGCUUAUACAAUUAUGUGUCGAGUAGCAUUUACUCGGAAGUUGUGAAACAGACCCUUAGUAUGUAAUGGAUAUAUUUUGUUGUAUGUUUUUGCAACCAACUGCAGUCUGCAACUUAUCGCGCACUUUUUUUACUUUGCACGCUAACGAAAUGUGUGCAUCUCGCAUGCACGAGCACAACAAACAAAUAUGCAUACAUAUUCAUAAAAUUUUGCACUCAAGUUUUAUAAUAAACCAAUAUACUGAUAUUAUAUGUAUAGAGUGCGUGCUGUCUUUUUGCUUGUAAGUUGUAGGCAAUAAUAUACUAUUACAUGUCGGGAACAUUUAUGCAUUUUUUUAAUAUAUUUUUGAGUCUUCUUUUUCAUUACAUUGGUCACAUUAUUUGUGUCACUUAGCUUAGAAUGUAGAAACGGACGUUACCAUUCUAAAGUCUUGAGGUGUCUCAAUUCAUGCACAAUGUUAGUUGUUAUCGAUUACAGAGGCUGCAUAUCUAUCGAAACUAUAUGUAUUAUAGGUACAUAGUAGUAUCAUAUGCAUGAGUUGAGAGAAAAGCGUCAGUGAACCUAGACCUUAAUACUUUUCAAAAGAAAAGAUUAUGUAAGAAUAGAAUUUCAAGUUGUUUUAAUAAAGAUUUUUGUAUGCGUCGUA